CGUCUGGCGUGAAUAAUAUAACUAAAACCACCUAUGAGAAUUCUGUCAUGCUGCGUUCCACGUUACAUUUACUUAUCUGGAUGACUGUUGGAAAUUCUACGCCCGAAAAAGUCCAUGCAUGUGACAGCUAUUUAGUAAAGAAUGUAACAGACGAUAAACUUACAGCAUCAAGUAUCUACAGCUACAAGUACCCCGCCCUAAAAGCCCGAUUGUCUAAUGCACAAGGAUGGAGUCCGCAGGUAUCACAGGCCAAUCCUUGGAUACAGGUAGAUUUCGGAAGAGAAAUGUCGAUAAGAGCUGUGCUGACAAAAGGAAUGGGUGGGUUAAUGGAAUGGGUGAAGAAAUACCAAGUCAAAUACAGCAACACGGCCUCUACCUGGACAGUAGUGCAAUAUGGCUCUUCUAAUGAAUUCCACGCAAAUAGUGACUCUACAAGUUUAGUGAGGAAUGACCUUCCAUUUGAAGUAAAUGCUCGCUAUCUACGACUCUAUCCCACGGACUGUCAUGAUUACUGCAGUCUUCGCUUUGAUGUCCUUGGCUGUGAAGUGACGUCAUUGUCCACAGCGGUGAUGUCAACAACCACAAUGAGAACAACAGCAGGCGUGAAGACAGCAACUGAAAUAUCCACAACUACAUCGACCGAUACGAGGUCAACCACCUGGACACAAGUUCCUACAACGACAUCGGAACAAAUGUCUACAAUGACAUCGACACAAAAUUUAAUGUCUACAACGACAGCUUCAAAUACAAUCGUGUCUCCUUGUCCAUGUACAUGUGUCAAAAAACAUAACACCACAUUAACGGAAUCAGAACUCCUCGCCAGAUUAGCUGUUAUCGUGCAGAAUUUAACAAUUUCUAAGAAAACAACAUCUAUCUACAGAAGAAGUAAAAUUUCUGCGCAAGAUAACAGACCACAAGCAUUGUAUGUGGGAUCUGUAGGGAUAGCUAUUUUGUUCAUUGUGGCUAAUUUAAUUGUAUUACCAGACCUGCUUAAAUUAUUUCAUUAUUUGUAUGUUACACAUCGUAAUAAAAUUUGA